UGAGAAAGUCGAUGCUGAUAGUCGUGUUGGGUGUGCUGACAAUGGUCCAAAAGAGUUUUCAGUCUCAGUGUGUUCAGGGUAUUAACUGUCAAUUACCAAACUGCUUCUGUAGUACAACACGACUUAAUAUGGACUUGGAGGAGAUUCCGCAAAUCGUAUACUUUGGGUUUGAUGACGCUUUGAAUGUAGAAAUGGCCAGCCACUACCGACGUCUGUUUCCGCCCGACAGGAAGAACCCUAACGGGUGUCCAAUCACUAUGAGUCUGUACGUCCAGGAUCAGUACACGGACUACCGACUGGUGCAUGAGUUUUACAACAAAGGGAUGGAGAUUGGGGUUCACAGUGUCACGCACACCUCCAUCAGCACUGGAGACAAACUCGAGUACGAGGCGGAUCAACAAAGAAAGAACCUGGCAAAUCUUGGACGCAUUCCAAUUGAAGACAUCGUCGGAUGGCGAAGCCCUAAUCUGAAGACAGCCGGAGAUGUGCAACCAGAUAUUCUCAAGUCUUUAGGCUAUACUUAUGACAUAUCUUUGACUUACACACGAAGCAAGUUAGGAAUGGAACGGCCAUGGCCGUACACCCUCGACUACGGCUAUCCGUUCAGCUGUAUGGUGAUCCCUUGCCCGAAACCAGGAUCCCGCCACCCUGGAUUCUGGGAGGUACCUGUCAAUUCUUUAGUGGACUACAAGAACGCCUACCCUUGCCCCUAUGUUGAUGGCUGCUUCAAUCGACCAGACACAGAGGAACAAGCUUUUAAAUAUUUAUGGCAAAACUUUUUAGAUUAUUAUAAAGGUUCUCGAACACCGUUCGGUUUCAAUAUGCAUGCUGCUUGGUUCUGGUCGGAGCACAACCUAAAUGCUAUGAACAGGUUUAUUCAACAGGUGCUGGCGCUGAAGAACGUUUAUAUUGUUAGUGUGAAGCAGAUGUUGGACUGGAUGAGGGAACCUACUCCCAUAUCUCAAAUACAGAUGUUAUCUUCAUGGAGAUGUGGAACAGCACAGAUGUCAAAUAAUGCAACAGUAUCAACUACGUCAGUUUCAACACCAACUACGCCUUCAGCAACCACGACUACACCACCAACUGCAUCAACUACGACGACAACUGCAACGACAACCACAACACCUACAACAACAAUAACCACUACUACUACAACGACGACGAAGCCCACUACAAAUAUUCGUUUUCCUACGACGACCACGCCAAGGAGCACCAAAGGCACCAAGUUUAUCACUAAGGUACAUCCGUCACAGAUUGUCGAGACAUCUGUCUCAGACUCUCAUCCCACAGUAUCUGCACAAGUUCCUCCUGUAGUGUCUCGCAAACAUAAGCCAUCAACACCCAAGCUUUCCUUCCCUACAGCCGUAAGCAAACUACUGACAACAGCGGCAAAAAACCGGGGAGCGUCACGAGCCCAGAGCUCAGCACAAACGCCGUCCCUGCAAUCAACUGCAACAUUUGGACUCCCAUCUCACUCGCUUUCCCCAUCAUCAUUGCCAUGUAUUCAAGGCUGGAACUGUAGGCUACCUGACUGUAUGUGCAGAACAACCAACCCGCCAGGUGGGCUAGCAGAGAUGGAGACACCCCAGAUGGUGUACUUCACUUUCGAUGGCCCAAUCAACGUAAACUCGUACCUAAAUCUCGUGCAUCUGUUUGACUCUGGCAGAAAGAACCCCAACAACUGUUCCAUCUCGGCGACAAUGUUCGUGUCAAAGAGUGGGAACUACAUGACAUACCUCAAACGUCUAGCUGGCAUGGGCAUAGAAGUUGGACUGAGAGGGGACGACAUGGACGCAUAUCGACGUUCCAACUCGUUAGAGACAGACCUAGACAACGAGAUCAAUUAUCUCCAAGCUAAGCUUCCCGUCAGAAACCUCAAAGGCUGGAGAAGCCCCGCUUUGAAACCUCUCGGAGACGCCCAGUUCAAGAUCCUCAAAUCUCAGAACCUCCUGUAUGACAGCACCCUGUCCCUACCGACCCCUCAGACCAAGGCGGACUUCGUCUGGCCUUACACACUCGACUUCCGCUGGAGGGAUAGAUGUGAUAUUAGUGGGUGCCCCGUGGGGGCUUAUCCGGGGUUAUGGGAGGUCCCUAUUUUACCUCUUCUGGACUACACACAAAGCUACUUCUGCACAUACGCUGACGGCUGCAUGUUCAACCCACCAACAGCAGACGAAACCUUCAACUUCUUGUGGCGGAACUUCAUGAACCAUUAUGAUGGCAACCGAGCACCUUUCGGUGUGACACUGAGGCAACAGUGGUUCUCCCACUUCAUCUAUAAACCAAACUUAGCAGGACUCGACAGAUUCAUAAGGAAGUUAGUGUCCAUGCGUGAUGUCUAUGUUGUUUCCAUUGAACAAGUUCUGGACUGGAUGAAGAACCCAACCCCGCUGGCAGAACUUGGAGCCUUCCUACCUUGGCAGUGCUAGUGCAUUGGACAUAUCUCUGUAUGCACCCGUCAGAGUGCUGGUACAUUAGGAUUUCAAGUACUUGUGAUUGAGGUAAUGUCUCUGUACGUAUCAGUGUCAAACACCAUCAUAUAUAUGGAUUGUAGGAGGGUUCCAAAUAACCGACAAGCAUAUUGUGAUAGAAUUGUGCACUGUGUCAUUCUAACGUGCCCACGGCAUUAUACAGACCAUAAGAGACAUGGGAAAAUCAUCUGAAUUAAGGCACAUGUUAUUUCUAUGAUAAUUAAUAUGUCGUUGGUGCAAUAAAUAGUAAAGCAUUCCAAAGAAAAUGAAUUAUCUUAUAAUUAAUUAUUUAUGUUUUGAAUAAGAGCGAAUUUUUAGAAGAAUAUAUUUAAGUUCGUGUUUGUAAACUUGUUACUUGAAAGACAAAACAUUUCUAUUACAUUAAACAGGACAAAACGACCAUAAAACACUCCGCCGUAAAGGGUCUUGUGUGAAUCUGUAUGUCUACUGAAUGUGUUGUCUGAAAGCGAUAAACAUCUGAAUACUGAUUUGAACUAUUGAACACCCAUCUAUAGCUGUAUUUUUCAAUCUAACAUGUAUUGUCUAUCGUUCCUUAUAUUUAAAGGAAAUUUAUAUUUAUACCCGGUGUCUUGUCAGUUUGAUACCAAAUAUCG